AUGGAAAACAUUUCUGUAUUCUUGAAGAACAAUCAUCACUAUUUAAAGUCCUGUAUUCUCUAUGAGGUUGCUCUUAAAAAACCAAUAUUCGAUUCUUAUCGAAUUUUCUGUGAUGCUGUAGGACAUGAUGCCAUGGAGUAUCGAGAUUUCGAAUUUUGGUAUCAUCGAUUUGGUCUGGGAGAGCUGGAUUUCGACUACGAUCGGAGUAUGAAUCCAGUGCCGAAGACGCUAAUGGAUAUGCCAGUGAAUCUGAUGCGAAAGAUUACAGAGAUCCUGGAUCCAUUUGAGAAAAGAUCCCUCCGAUCCACAAACCGCGAUUCACUUCCGUCCGUUUUUGAGAUAAUAAAUAUUACAACAUCAGAGGAAAAAAUGGAAUGGGAAUCGAACGAUGAAUUGUUCGAAUGCAGUAACUAUGGGAUGAUUUGUUCAGUUUCAAAUUCGAAAAUAUAUAAGACAAAUGAGAGAUGCUAUAUAAAAAAGAGUCUGGAAUACUUGACUCCAUUAUUCAAAAUUCCCAAUCUUUAUGUGAAUUCUCUUUGCUUCAGUAAGGCUGAAGAAGAUAAUUUCUUUGGGGAGAGGAGAAAAAUGCCAGAUCUCGAUGAUCUUCUGUCAACCCCGUUUCAUAUCGUUUCCAGCUUUGAAGAAUUCGAAUCAUGCCAGAUGUCAUUUAGCUAUCACAUGGAUAGAUACCCUAUUGAAAAUGUUGCUGAGAAAAUGGUGCAUGUAGAGAUUCCAGAAGAGAAUCCAGAAGACCCAUUUGAAAUGUUUACUCAUCGUUUUCAAAUACCACAAUCCAAUGAACACUUGCAAUUUAGGAUUGAAGACAAAGUAUUUCGUUGUUUCAUCAAUAUUAGCAAAAUUCUAUAA